AUGCGCACCGAGCACAGCUUCGUUUUGCUGCUCCUCAACGGGACGGCGUGCCUGUUGGUUUUGGCACAGGAAGAUCACCACUCCUCCUCUUCGCUGAUUCCUAAGUCCUCCUCUCUUGCAGAACCCUCUAAGACUCUGAGUGUUCUGGGCGGUCAGGGCUCUGUCUCCCCCCUCAGCCGCUGGGUGCUGCACAGCCGCAGUCGAGCAACCAAUGCUUCAGCGAUAGAGCUACCCUACCGCUCACCUGUACCCUUCUCCAAGCAAGAAUUCUGGGAGAUGCUGGGCAGUGACCUCCUCAAGCCUGACACCAGCUCUGACGAUGAUGCCUCAGCGAGCUCUCGUGUCAAGCGCCGUCCCAUCGUCAAGACAGGCAAGUUUAAGAAGAUGUUUGGCUGGGGCGACUUCUACUCCAACAUCAAGACAGUGCGUCUCAACCUGCUCAUCACUGGCAAGAUUGUGGACCACGGUAAUGGGACAUUCAGUGUCUACUUCCGCCACAAUUCCACAGGCCAGGGCAACAUCUCAGUCAGUCUGGUACCACCUGUAAAGGCAGUGGAAUUCGACUUGGAGCGCCAGAGCGUGGUGUACCCAAAGGACUCCAAGAUCUUUAACUGCCGCGUGGACUACGAGAAGGUGGACCGCAGCAAGCGCACCUCGCUGUGCAAUUAUGACCCAUCCAAGACCUGCUUCCAGGAGCAGACCCAGAGCCAUGUGUCCUGGAUCUGCUCCAAGCCCUUCAAGGUCAUCUGCAUCUACAUCUCCUUCUACAGCACAGACUACCGGCUAGUGCAGAAGGUCUGUCCGGACUACAACUACCACAAUGAGAUGCCCUACCUUCCCUCUGGAUAGAAGGGAAUGGGUAAAGGGGGCAGAAAGACGGGGAUGGGAUUUGAGAAGAAGUGAGAAACAGUACAACCAAGGAGGAAGGGAUGAGGAGAAAAGAGCAUGAAAGUAUGAUGAGGUUGGAAGUAUUGAUGUGGGAGGUGUGGGUAUAUUUUAAGUUAUAGAAAAGUUCUCUUCAGGGUAUAUACGGGACCUUUUAGGGAAUCGUACCUGUUCUGAAAAGACCCCUUUGCAAACAGAGCAUUUUUCCAUGGGAUUGUGUUUGAUCAUCUGUAAUAUUCCUAAGGUGAAUGUAAGGCAUUUUGCUCCUGUGAUAAAUGUCUUUAAAGAAACUCUCAAAAAAUCCUGACGAAUGUGACUGCAAAGCUCAACAUAUGCAAAUCAAGCUCUCUAGAGCAGGAAUGCGGGUGAGAGAGCAUCCUAACAUCGUAACAUGAGGCUUUGGUGACAGGCAACCCCCACCGGUGUGCUUUUUAUGCAUCAUCGGGCCUACAUC